GACGGUUUAAUAAACCCAGAGGACGUGGACGUGGAGGUGGAGGCGGAGGCGGGAGAUGGAGGCAGUAGGAAAGCUGCCAGUGGAGGCUGGGAUGAUGGAGAUGAUUUCAGUCUGGAUUUUGGACCACGCCGGUCCUUCAAACCUCCUUCAUCUAGAGGUUCAGGAGGUGGAGGUAGUAAGAAAGCUGCCAGUGGGGGCUGGGAUGAUGGAGAUGAUUUCAGUCUGGAUAUUGGACCAAGCCGGUCCUUCAAACCUCUUUCAUCUAGAGGUUCAAGAGGUGGAGGAAGUGCCCGCAGGGGCCAUAGAGGUGCUGGCAGAGGAAGAGCUCUGGGACUGCCCAGAAAACAUGGGGAUGAGGAGAGGAGAGACAGAUUCAGACCCGAGCAGGUGCACCUGCCCCUGCAGAAGAUACAGAUGACGUCAGAGAACAGACUUCAGGUGAAAGAACUGCUGCGAGAACUUCAGAACCAGGAGUAUAACACGCCCUGUAGUGGCUCUGAUUAUGAAGGAGGGGAGGAGGAAGAGGAUGAGAAGGAGGAGUAUGAUGAGCUGGACCAUCGUGAAGAAGGUCAGUUCUGGAUAACUAACGAUGAUGGAGUGGAAUGUGCCGAAGAUUGUGACUGGAUGGAGGACCCAGUUGAGGAGAAGCACACUAAGCCAGAGCUGGUGAUCUCCCUGUUUGCUUUAGGAACUCUUUGCAGGUAUGGGUUUGAUCGUGAGCGCAGUAGACAAGCUUUGGAGGUGGGAAUUGGAGGAGGAAGUGGGCAUGGUGAGGUUGGAUCGACUUUAGAGCUCCUCCUUUCCCAGAUGUUCACAGAACGUUUUGGCUCCAGGUCCCUCAGCCCUCAGACAUCUGACCUCCCUUCACGUGAGGAGUGUGUAGCGUUGCGACAGGAAGAGGCCUUCGCUUUGACUGCAAUCUAUGGGGAACGCUUCUGUGAGCGCAUCAGCGAUCGUGUUUGGACUGUUAAUCUUGAUUUGCUAUGGCUGGAUGAAGGGCGGAGCAAAAUUUCAGACUUGGUGAAUCACAAACAAUCGGUAUCCAAUCAGAUUUGUAAGUUUUACCUAAAGGGGGCAGGUUGUAAGUUUGGUAACCGAUGCAAAUUCAAGCACGAAACACCAAAACAAACUAAAUGCACCACUGCCAGAGAAUCUUGUACGCCUAGUCAACCAGGGUUUAGCAGCAUAGAUCCGCCUGUUUACCAGCUGGAGAUCCGUUUCCAACCAGGCAGUUUAUAUCCCUUUCAACCUCCGAUUGUGGCCUUCAGUACCACAGAUGAAUCACUCUUGUGGGCGGGUCGCCUCAGUGUGACAGAGUAUCUCUUCGGUCAGUCACUCAGUGCUGCACAGGAAGGUGAGCCAGUGGUCUACACACUAAUUUCCUGUCUGGAAGAGGAUGGACCUGUCAGAGAGCUGCUGUUAACUACUCAUCACAAGUACAGUUCUCCGCCCCCUGUGCUGACUCCACCCACUGUCACUCCAGCAAGGAACCAGAGCACUAAGAACAGCAUAGACAUCAAGAUCGAUAAAAAUAGAUCAGCCAACACCACAGAGACCACAAACUACAGAGUGAGACAGAAGGAAGAUGCACCAUUCUUAAGGGAGGAUAUUGAUGAUGAGCCAGAAGAGGGUGAUGUUGAAGAUGAAGAGGAAUGUAUCCCAGUGGAAAACGAGAGCUAUGUUAACUUGCGGAAGAGGAUGGUCAAGAAGAUGGAGAUCAAAACUGAUCAAAUACAACAAGAGAACAAGAAACUUUGCAGGGAGUUCAUGAGGAAACAGUCCUCCAGGCGGUAUACAUCUAUGCAGGAGCAGAGGCAGAAGCUGCCUGUGUGGCCCAAGAGAGAGGCCAUAUUGGAGUGUUUGGAUAAGAACCAGGUUCUCGUCAUCAGUGGAAUGACAGGGUGCGGUAAAACCACUCAGAUUCCUCAGUUUAUCCUGGAUAACUUUCUCCUGACCGGGCGGCCUGGUAGCUUGGCUAACAUUAUUUGCACUCAGCCACGGCGAAUCUCUGCCAUUGCUGUUGCGACACGAGUGGCCCAGGAACGAGCAGAGGCCCUGGGUCACUCUUCAGGCUACCAGAUCCGCCUAGAAACUGUCAGGUCAUCCAGCACCAGGCUGCUGUUCUGCACCACUGGUGUGCUAUUGCGGAUGUUAGAAGGUGAUGCUGAGCUCAGUGGAAUCACACAUGUGAUUGUGGAUGAGGUCCAUGAACGUACAGAAGAGAGUGACUUCCUGUUGCUGGUUCUGAAGGAUCUGAUUAUGAAAAGGUCAGAUCUGAAAAUAAUUCUGAUGAGUGCGACACUGAAUGCGGAGCUCUUCUCCCAGUACUUCAACAACUGCCCCAGUAUCCAUAUACCAGGUCGUACCUUCCCAGUGGAGCAGUUCUUCCUUGAAGAUGCCAUUGCUAAGACUAGGUAUGUACUUGAGGAUGGAAGUCCGUACCGGCGUUCCACAAAGCAAAAUGGUCCAGCUAAUCAGAGUGGCAGGGCAGGAAAGGGACGAGCUCCAGUUGAAGACUACGAUGAUGAUGAUAGUGGAGACUUGUCAUUCAGCUCCUUCACGAAAAAGGCUCCAGUCAAAGACUCAGUGCCAGACCAGCAGCUCAGUCUACAAGAGCUCACAGUCAGAUAUUCCAAUUGCGCAAAGUUUGUUGUGAAAACGCUGGCUACAUUGGACCUUGAAAAAAUCAACAUGGAUCUGAUAGAGAGUCUGCUGGAAUGGAUUGUAGAUGGGGACCACAGCUACCCACCAGGUGCUGUUUUGGUCUUCCUGCCUGGACUUGCUGAAAUAAAGCAAUUAUAUGAGCAGCUACAGUCUAACCGGAUGUUCAACAACAGAAGAGCUGACAGGUGUGUAGUGUAUCCACUCCACUCUUCUCUCUCAAACGAGGAACAGCAGGCGGUCUUUACCCGUCCACCUAAUGGUGUUACCAAAAUCAUCAUCUCCACCAACAUUGCUGAGACUUCAGUCACCAUUGACGAUGUGGUGUAUGUCAUAGACUCAGGCAGGAUGAAAGAGAAGAGGUAUGAUGCCAGUCGCAGUAUGGAGAGUCUAGAGGAUGUGUGGGUGUCUCGUGCAAAUGCUCUUCAGAGGAAAGGUCGUGCUGGUCGUGUGGCAUCAGGCAUCUGCUUUCAUUUGUUCACAAGCCACCGCUUCACACACCACCUGAGCCAACAACAGCUGCCUGAGAUCCAGAGAGUUCCUCUAGAGCAGCUCUGUCUGAGGGUUAAAGUAUUGGAAGUGUUUGCAGGGCGUCCUCUGAACUCCGUUUUCUCUCAGCUGAUUGAGCCUCCCGCAGAGGGCAGCCUGGAGGCUGCUAAACAGCGCCUGUGUGCGCUGGGCGCUCUGACGGAUGAUGAGUCUCUGACUCCACUGGGCUGGCAUCUGGCCUGUCUGCCCGUGGACGUCCGCAUCGGUAAACUCAUGCUGCUGGGAGCCAUCUUCCGCUGCCUGGAGCCUGCCCUCACCAUCGCUGCCAGCCUGGCCUUCAAGAGCCCAUUCGUGUCUCCAUGGGAUAAAAGAGAGGAAGCCAAUGAGAAGAAGUUAAGUUUCUCUCUGGCUAACAGUGACCAUUUGGCCUUGCUGCAGGCAUACAAGGGUUGGUGUAAUGCAGCACAGAAUGGCUCUAAGGCAGGCUAUCAGUAUUGCAGAGAGAACUUCCUUUCAAUCCGGGGCUUACAGGAAAUAGCAUGUCUUAAAAGACAGUUUGCAGAGCUCCUGUCGGAUAUUGGCUUUGUGAAAGAUGGACUGAAAGCAAGAGUCAUUGAAAAAAUGAGCUCUAAAGGAAGUGAUGGGGUACUGGAGGCCACAGGCUAUGAGGCAAACCUGAACUCUGAUAACACAAAACUGAUGUCAGCCAUGUUGUGUGCCGCCCUCUACCCCAAUGUAGUGCAGGUAAGAUCUCCUCAGGGCAAGUAUAAGCUCACUUGUAAGGGUGCUAUGAAGAUGCAGCCUAAAGCAGAGGAACUACGCUUCAUGACCAAGAGUGAUGGAGCCGUCCACAUACACCCCUCAUCUGUGAACUUCUCUGUGCGCCACUAUGACAGCCCGUACCUGGUGUACCAUGAGAAAGUGAAGACUAGUCGAGUGUUUAUCCGUGACUGUAGCAUGGUGUGCGUGUAUCCCAUGGUGCUGUUUGGUGGAGGGCAAGUCAGUGUGGAGCUGCAGCGUGGAGAGUUCAUUAUCUCUCUGGAUGACGGUUGGAUCAAAUUUGCUGCCGCCUCUCAUGAGGUGGCUGAGCUGGUGAAGGAGCUGAGGUGGGAGCUGGAUCAGCUCUUAGAAGAAAAGAUCAAAAACCCUAGCAUUGACCUGAUCAGCUGUCCACGAGGAUCUCGCAUUAUACACACUAUAGUAUCACUCAUCUCAACACAGUAAUGCGCGCGCACACACACACACACCCACCCACCCACCCACUCUCUCUCUCUCUCACCCAAUAAACACAAUGAUAUUUUCACAAAAACCAAAUAAACAUCCACUAAUGUGUACACUAUUUACAAUGAAAUGAGAGUGGGGAGAUAAAUCCAGAUUUAACCUGUGGAGGUUCUUGAAUCCGUUUCCUUUUAGCAGAGGAAGCACAGACAUUGUGUGAUUUCACACAAACAGCCUUCGAAAAUGAAAGUCCAUAUUGGACUGCUUUGUAGUGCAUUAUUACAGUUAUAAGCACUGAAAGCAAGCAUGUGCAUACAUUUUGAAUAUACAGCAUGAAGUAUGUGUGCGAUUUCUUUUUAUUUAUUUCUUUUUGGUCAAAUACAAUGAACAUUAUUACUGUGUUUUGCAUCAUGAACAUUAUGAUGAUGGCAUGGGACUACAGUAAAAUCUGACACAUAUUUUGCCAAAAUGUGCUCUCUGUUAUCAAAUGUAUUUUAAAAAAGCUUACGGCAAGACUUUUGUGGAUCUUUAAAUUUAAAAUGUGGGCACCUGGAUUAAAUGUGUUUGAUUCUACUAUUUGGAUAUCACUUGACCAUCAGUGUUGAAGUGUUGGAGUAAGAUGUCUCAGUUCAUGAUUAUCAAUACAUUGAUGGUGUAUACAUUUUUGUUUCACUGAUUUACAAAAUCAAAAUAUACAGAAAUAUAAUGUCAAGAUAAUGCCAGUGUCACCUAUGUUCUGCCAGGUUGAAAGUGCAGACAUAAUACAUACACAACAAUACACGUUUAUGUAAUUUCAGACCACAGAGAAUAUGAAGCAUGUGUUGUGUGUGCACUCCUUUACUGGCCUCAGCAGAGCAUCAGGAAAAUGAGCCUGAGGAGAGACAUAGGUUACAGCAUCUCAUUAAUUUAGUCAUUAUGCAUUCUCUAUGGUGCCUUGAUCCCACCGUGGGAAAAAAAAUGAAAAGAUUCUGUAAUACAUCAUUCAAAUUUAAUACAUCACAAUCACCUUCUCUAAGCUCCUCCCCCUUGAAAAUAGUUGCAUGCUCUGAUGAGCUUUGCAGAACUUCCCAUAGUAAUGAAUGUAAGAGUGCUGUGAUAAAAUAUUUAGUGUUUUUGGCUAAAUAUUCUCAUAAAACGGAAUUAACUAUAUUCUUACUUUGGCUGGAAAGAAGAGUAUAUUUAUCUGAUGUUUUUGUCAAAGGAAUUGUUAAAUUACACAGUAAUUUGAUUGAAAAUUUUGGAGACUGAAUAAGAGUAAAGAAAAACAAUU